AACUGUACGUUGAUUGGUGACUUGAUCAAGUGUCGCCAUCUUGUGGAAGUGUACUUAACUUUUUCACAGUUGAGUGGUGGGGCAUCUAGUAGGGCGCGUACGACGAAUGAACGCGAGUAUUAGCAGGCAGCGACACACGUCUCUUCUACAUAACCUGUUUAGAGUCAUUUUGCGAGAAUAUUGGCUUCUACGAAUAAAUCAGAUGAGCGGCUCUCGGCUUGGAAGAGGCCGAGGUGGUCGCCUGGCCGUGUACGGGGGUUGCGGGGUGGUGAUCAUACUUUUGGUCUUCCUUUACCGUGCCGCCACCUCAGAGAUGGCCAGGCUACGUGAACUUCAUAUACAGUGUGUUCAUCAACACGAAUCACUUGCUGCACAACUUCAAGUGAUAUUCGAGUACAAGGUGCGUUUAGAAAAAUCAUUGGCCGAGGAGAAGAGUUCUAAUGCCAUGGCUAAACAAGAAUUACAGCAACGUGCCUCACGAGAAAAAUCAUUGAGAGACAAGGAUAGUAUGGAAGCUAUGCAAAGAUUUAAAUCUCUUCAACAAUCUUAUAAGAUUUUACAAACUGACCAUCGUGAUCUUGAAGAGGAAUGUAAGAAACAAGAGGCUCAUGCAUAUGAAGAAAAGAACAGAUUGGAAUCUAUGCAGGAGAGUGUUAUCAAACGAAUUGUUGAGAAUAAAGAUAAAAUUAUUAGCGAGAAGGAGAAUACAUUGGAACGUUUUAAAAACAAAUAUUUUGAUUUAGAAACGGAAAAGGAAACAUUGGAAGAGAAAUAUAAAGAUUUAAUCAAGAGUACUGGUAAUACCGAUAGUACCAUCGAACACCUGAAAAAGGAAGUCUUUCAAUUGAGAACACAACUGGAGGAAACAAAGAAACAAUGUAAAUCAACUUUAGCGGAAACAAGUUUGGUUAGUCCUAAAGAAUCACAUCAGUCGAAUGAUCAAAACUUGACGGGUAAUGCUGUGAUAGAUCCAACACAACAAGAAGAACAACAACAACAACAAAAACAUGUACAUGAACAGGAGCAGCAGGAGCAACAACAACAGCAGCAGGCACAACAACAAAAUAUGCAGGUAAGUCGGCCGAACAACGACGAUGAAAUGAAUUCUGAACCUCUGCCCGCUCCUCGCAAUCAUCACGCAAUCGGAGAUGCUUUAUCGAACGAAAAGAACAUGCAGGAUGAACAGGACGACGCAUUGCCGAAUCAGGAACAAAGUAACGUCAGGUUUGCACCUGAAAAUGGGAAUAUAAUACCGGUAGGUCCUAGCGAAAUGAAGGAGGACCAACAACAAAAAAUAUUACCCUUGCCGUACGAUUUAAGAGACAAACGUUUGAAAAAAGACAAAACGUUUCCUUCCGCGGCUGAUGAUAAUGCCGAAAUAGAUGAAAUUCCGAAGAAAGAUACGAAUGUCGUCGAUGGUGUACAGGAUUCUCAAAAAAAUGUCCUAGCACCACCGAAAAUGUCUUCCUCCAAGGAUCCUAACGAACUUGACAAUAAAAUACAAGAUGAAAGAUCAACGAAUAAUGGUGAUACUUUGAUACGACCGGAUUCACCAAAUAACUUUGCUGAUUUUAGGGAUAUCGAUAAUGAGAUAGAUCCUUGGCAACAAAAGGAAGAGGUUGUUAUUUCAUCAAGCUCAAUGAAGACUACAAUAUCAUCAUCAUCGUCAAUGAAAUUGGAAACCAGCACGAAAUUAAACAAUAUCGAUUCCGUAUCAUCUAACAAAGUUAUGAAGACGUCAUCGAAGGUAAAAAUACCACCUGGUGUAUUACCAAUUCUCAUGAUAAUGGAUCAAAAUGUUGAAAAGAUUGAUAAAGAGAAGAAGAUCAAUAAUAAAAAAGAAGGGAAAAAAAAUGACGUAACUAAUAUUGAUAAUAAUGAUAACAUAGAUUCACCGUAUAAAAUUUUAUCAGCAAAAAAAUAUGAUGAUGAUGAGAACGUUGAUGGUAGACGACAAAAUGGGAAUUGGUUUAAGGUGAAACCAGGUGUACAGGAAUUUGGGGAGGAACCUAAUCCGAUCGAUCGAUUAGCUGGAUUGGAAAGCAUAGUUGGUAGACAAUUUGAUACAGGUGAUGAACAAUACGUUGGUGCCGAUUUUGAGGCUCAUGCUCAAAAAGUCGAUGAUUUGCGUUUGGCAGAGGGUGAAGAGGAAGAAGACGAGGACGAUCCUGAGGAUAUUAUUUGAACGAAACAAGGAAGAUACGUUUUCAUGUAGUUCGAUGUUACAUUAAUGAGCUUUUUUUUUACACGAGACAAAUCAUAUUCUUAAAUAAUAUUAAAUAAUAUUUGAUAAUAUCU